AUGGGCUCCGUUGUUCUCCCCCAUUUGCGCACAGCAUGGCACGUUGAUCAAGCCAUCCUCUCAGAGGAGGAUAGACUAGUGGUCAUCAGAUUCGGUCGGGAUCAUGAUGUUGACUGCAUGCGCCAGGACGAAGUUCUAUUCAAGCUCGCUGAACGAGUGAAGAACUUUGCCGUAAUCUACCUCUGCGACAUCGACGAGGUACCCGAGUUCAACACCAUGUACGAACUCUUCGACCCAAUGACAAUCAUGUUUUUCUUUCGAAAUAAGCACAUCAUGUGUGAUUUCGGCACUGGUAACAACAACAAGUUGAACUGGGUGCUUGAGGAUAAGCAGGAGUUGAUUGAUAUCAUCGAGACGAUCUACAAGGGCGCGCGCAAAGGCCGCGGUCUUGUUGUGAGUCCAAAGGAUUACUCUACGAGGUACCGGUACUGA